AUGGGCACCGCUUCCUUCUUGAAGAGGGCCCGGGCUCUGCUCCGCGUCCGGAACCAGCUGGCACGGGAGUGCCUGGCUGAGCUGCUGGCCGUCUUCGUGCUCAUUGUGAGCGGGACACGCGGCCGCUCUCCCAACUCCGUUGCAGGGGCCCACCUGAACCCGGCGUUCUCCCUCGCCAUGUGUCUGCUGGAGCAGUUUCCCUGGUGGAAGUUUCCCAUCUUCGUGGCCCUGCAGACCUCGGGAGCUUUCAUCUCUGCUGGAGCCGUCUACGCCCUCUACUACGAUGCCAUCCAGCACUACAGCAAUGGGACCCUCACCGCCUCCGGCCCCCAGGAAACCGCCUCCAUCUUUGCCACCUACCCCGCCGACUACCUCUCCAUCUCCAACGGCUUUUUAGACCAG